CUGGCAGGAAGUAGCCCUGCUCCCAGCAUGCCCCACGUGCUGGAGGUCAGUGAGAGCACCAGGUGCACUGAACAUGGCGAGUCCAUUUAUAUCUCGGUUACUUGUUUUCACCCAGAGGUACAGAGGGAGGCUUCUAGCCAUUUCUUGCGCCGGUCUCUUUACUGCCAGUAUAUCAUAUCAUGUGUUUCCGGAGCAGACCUUUCGGAGGCUGUAUCAGAGCUGGUCCAAAGGUGAACCAGUAGAGCUCAGUAAUAAGCUUCAGACACUUUUCCAGGAUGUCCUACAAGAAGCCUGCAUUGCAUCCCCAUCAGGUUACAAGCCAUUUGCAGCCUUUGGAUUUCACCCGGUGAGUGCUGGCCUGCCCUUGCUUCCAGGCAGAUGUUUAAUUGGAAUACCCGCUAAUUAUAACACAAACGAAGCAGGUGGGCCAGGUAUUGUAGACCGCGUCCUGUUGGUGAACGGGAAGGAAGUGGUCUGGGACAGUGAGAUUGGGGCACAUCUAAAAGACUCCUUAAUUUUAUCAACAGAAGCUCAGAAGUUUGCGCUGGCACGGGAAGCAUUUUAUGCACAAAAUUACAGUCCUGUUAUAAAAGCUUCAGUGGCGCCUGCUUGUUUAUCGGGUGUCUGUCUUUUUGGCGUGGCAGUAAAACAACUUCUCGGCAUCUAUUCUGGGCCUGUGGUAUUACGGGGACUUUUCAAUAUGGGUGCACUGUUGCUUGGAUUCGUUGUUUACUUUCUUUGCAAUGAUGCCAUCUCUCAGUGGUUAGACUACAGGACUGACCGACAAGUGGCUGCAAUUUCUAAAUCCUAUGCCCAGGGCGGACUGGAGUUUUAUGACAAAAUACUGGCUCGUAAUAGGAGCUUGAGGACUCUCAUGGGGAAGCAAGGAGAAACCAUGUAUGCGCCAAGUGGCAACUUGUUUCCCAAACAUUAUUUUAGGGUAAAACACACCCCCUACACUGCCAGACGACAUCGUAUUCAGCAAGAUUUGAACAUUCAAGGAGAGUGAUCCCCACCAGGGACAGUUAAUCCGCUGUUGGAUGAUCACACCUAACUCAAAAACUCAAGAAGUAAAGUGGAUGUUAGUCAUGAAAGAAAUGUAAAUGUGUACAUUGCACAACAUUUAUUUCUUCAGCAGCUGUGAUUCAAAUGUAAACCAUGUUUAUAUCUAUUAAAGCUUUUUUGGGUGAA